GACAGAAAAGCCCUAUAAGUGCCCAAGACCCAGCCUCCGCAGAGGGCCAGAGAAAGAGAGAGGGGGCUAGGAAAAGCCACCCCGGUGGCCCAGACCCCAGGCCAGGGUUCAGAAGGCUGAGCGGCAUGUGGGAACUCCGAUCCAUAGCCUUCUCCCGGGCCGUGUUGGCUGAAUUCCUGGCCACUCUCCUUUUCGUUUUCUUUGGUCUUGGCUCAGCCCUCCAGUGGGCCAGCUCCCCACCCUCUGUGCUCCAGAUCGCCGUGGCCUUUGGCCUGGGCAUUGGCACCCUGGUUCAGGCUCUGGGCCAUGUCAGCGGGGCCCACAUCAACCCUGCUGUGACUGUGGCCUGCUUAGUGGGCUGUCAUGUCUCCUUCCUCCGGGCUGCCUUCUAUGUGGCUGCGCAGCUGCUGGGGGCUGUGGCCGGGGCAGCCAUACUCCAUGAGAUUACUCCAAUAGAAAUCCGCGGGGACCUGGCUGUCAAUGCCCUCCACAACAACGCAACAGCGGGCCAGGCUGUGACUGUGGAGCUCUUCCUGACCCUGCAGCUGGUGCUCUGCAUCUUUGCCUCCACUGAUGAACGCCGCAGUGACAACCUGGGCAGCCCUGCUCUCUCCAUCGGUUUCUCUGUUACCCUAGGCCACCUCCUUGGGAUCUACUUCACCGGCUGCUCCAUGAAUCCCGCACGUUCCCUGGCUCCAGCAGUCAUCACUGGCAAGUUUGAUGACCAUUGGGUCUUCUGGAUCGGACCCCUGGUGGGCGCUAUCAUCGGCUCCCUCCUCUACAACUACCUGCUGUUCCCUUCAGCAAAGAGCCUGCAGGAGCGUCUGGCGGUGCUCAAGGGCCUGGAGCCCGACACCGACUGGGAGGAGCGCGAGGUCCGGCGGCGGCAGUCGGUGGAGCUCCACUCCCCGCAGAGCCUGCCGCGCGGGAGCAAGGCCUGAGAGCCCCGCACCGCCCCGCCCCGCCCCUCAGCUCUCCACCACAGCGCAGCCCGCCGACGGCUCGCCCUCUCCCUCCCCUUGGCCCGUUGUCCGCCCCCAGCGCAGAGUGGCUGCUCCAGCGCCCGCGAGCUCCGUGAACCUCAAGAAGGGCCUCGCCCGGGAGCCUGGCAGCACCCCAGGCCACAGCAACCAUCCGGUUCGCCCUUUGCGGGGAACCAGGAACUUGGGGACCAAGCCGGUGGAGAGGGAAAGCAGGCCGGCGGCGGGAGGAUGGAGAGCUCUGGAGAGCCCGCACCUGGUGCAGGGGGUGACGCAUAGAGACCACCUUGGGGAUGGGGUGGGUCUGUGGUUGGUAUCUGGUUUUGUUUGGGUGUAAAUCGUCCAUUUCUGCAUGCUUCUCUCCUCACGUGCAGGGUCUGCGUGUGCCUGAGUGUGACCCUGAAUGUCCAUGAUGAUACAGGGCCCAGGGACGCCUCCUCCUACACCUGCAAUAAAUCUACUUCCUCUGCU